UGCAAUUUGAAUGUGGUAUAUAAACUGGAGGAAUUCUUCUUCCCCUCUGAUCUCAAUCUGAUCUUCACUACACUCAACUGUAUCUGUUUGCCAAUUAAAAAUAAAUAGCUUUUUUUUUUGUUUAUUGGACGGUACAAUACUCUUUGGAAAUAAAGAGUUAUUGGUAAAAUGCCGGAGCCAACCACAGGUACAGAGGGCAAAGCAGCAGACAAUACAUUACCAGCACCACCAGCUUUGAAAGAGCAAAACAAGCCCAAGAAGGAUGGGCCAAAGAAGGCAAAAGACAUUGAAGAAAGUGAUGUGACAUCCUCUUCAGAAGAUGAAGAAGAUUCCUCUUCAGGUAGCACCCCUCCUCCAGAUGAGAAUGCUCUUUCAAAGGAAAGGAAAGAUUCUGUAUGGUCCCUUGGAGAAGGACAACCAGAAGAUGCAGAGAAACGUGAUAAUUCUCAAAGAUCAACGUUAUUUAUUGAGAAACCUUCUAGUGGGUCUGUAAGUGUGGGUGGUGAUAUUAAGUUUAUUGCAAAAGUGGAAGCUAAAGAUCUUCUUCGCAAGCCUAUUGUUAAAUGGUUGAAAGGCAAAUGGAUGGACUUGGCUAGUAAAGCUGGAAAGCAUCUGCAACUGAAGGAUACCUUUGACCGUAUUAAUAAAAUUUAUACUUUUGAAAUGCAAAUCAUAAAAGCAAAAGAAAACUAUGCUGGAAAUUACAGAUGUGAAGUUACAUAUAAGGAUAAAUUUGAUAGCUGCUCCUUUGAUCUAGAGGUUAUAGCUGUACCAGAUGUAUCUCAGACUAUUGAUAUCCGAUCUGCAUUUAAGAGAAGUGGUGAAGGACAAGAUGAUGCAGGAGAACUUGACUUUAGUGGUCUCCUGAAACGUAGGGAGAUCAAACAAGAAGAGGGCCCUGAAAUUGAUGUGUGGGAGAUCCUUAAAAGUGCCAGGCCUAAUGAAUAUGAGAAAAUAGCAUUUCAGUAUGGUAUCACCGAUCUCAGAGGAAUGCUUAAACGACUGAAACGCAUGCGCAGAGAGGAAAAGAAAAGUGAAGCAUUUUCCAAAAAACUGGAUCCAGCUUAUCAGAUUGAUAAAGGGGGACGUGUGAAGUUUGUUGUGGAAGUUGCUGACCCAUCAGUUGAACUGAAGUGGUAUAAAAAUGGACAAGAAAUCCGUCCAAGCACUAAAUACAUAUUUGAACAUAAAGGAAAUCAAAGGAUACUGUUCGUAAAUAACUGUACAUUAGCUGAUGAUGCUGCCUAUCAAGUGUGUGCUGGAGAUGAAAAGUGCUCAACAGAGCUGUUUGUCAGAGAGCCUCCUAUAUUGGUUACAAAGGAACUGGAGAAUAUUAAUUCAUACUGCGGAGAUAGAGUGGAACUGGAGUGUGAGGUCUCGGAAGAAGAUGCUAAUGUGAAAUGGUUUAAGAAUGGAGUGGAAAUCACAAAUGAGCCCAGGUCAAGAUAUAGACAUAAAGUAGAUGGCAAAAAGCAUACACUGAUUAUUGAUGAAGCAAAUCGGGGAGAUUCAGCUACUUACUCUGUGAUGACUACUGGAGGGCAGUCGGCAGCUCAGCUUCAGAUUGAUUUACGUCCACUGAAGAUAUUACAGCCCCUGACUGACAUGACAGUGAAUCUUGGCAAAGAAAUCAAUUUGAAGUGUGAAAUCUCAGAGAACGUACCAGGAAGAUGGUACAGACAUGGACAACUCAUUCAGGGUAGUGAUCGGGUAAAAAUUUUCCAUAAAGGAAGGAUUCACAGAUUGGUUAUAGAAAGUUCUUUAGUUGAAGAUGAAGGCGAUUACUCGUUUGUUCCUGAUCUUUAUUUAACCAAUAUUCCAGCCAAUGUCCAUGUGAUCGAUCCUCCUAAAAUUCACUUUGACGCCCUUUCUUAUCCUGAUAACACUGUGACAGUUGUAGCAGGCACAAAACUGCGACUGGAGGUCCCUGUUUCUGGAGAGCCAGCUCCAAAGAUUAUUUGGAGUAGAGGGGAUAAGUGGAUCACAGAGCAAAAUGCUCGUAUCCAUGCAGAAUCACAUCCUGAUCAUGGACUUCUGGUCAUAGACUCAGCUGAGAGGGAAGACUCUGGUACUUACCGUAUCAUGGUUAAGAAUGAAGCAGGAGAAGCGGUAGCUCAUAUCAAAAUAAAGGUUGUAGAUAUUCCAGAUCCCCCUCACGCUCCUGAUGUAACAGAAGUUGGGGAAGAUUGGUGUACUAUGAAAUGGGAUCCCCCACUAUAUGAUGGUGGCUGUCCUAUUUUGGGAUAUUUCAUUGAAAGAAAGAAGAAACAAAGUUCUAGGUGGAUGCGGUUAAACUUUGACCUCUGCAAGGAAACUGUUUUUGAGCCUAAAAAAAUGAUUGAAGGUGUGGCAUAUGAAGUCCGGGUAUUUGCAGUCAACUCAAUUGGCACUUCUAAACCUAGUCCUCCUUCUAAAGCAUUUGUACCAUUGGCUGUAACAAGCGCACCUACUAUGUUAACAGUAGAUGGAGUGACGGACACCUCAGUCACAAUGAAAUGGAGGCCCCCAGAUCACAUCGGAGCUGCAGGUUUAGAUGGUUAUGUCAUUGAAUACUGCUAUGAAGGAGGAGGAGGUGAAAAGCAGGAGAAGCCAGAAUUUUCUGAAAAUGAGAUGGAAACAUUAGUUGAUGGCGUCUCCAAACAUGGCCCACAAAUUUGUGGUGGCCUGGCUGCUAAAACCACCAAAGCAGAGAAAAGUAAGAUCUGGGCAGAUAUCCAAGCAAAACUCAAUGCUGUGGGGGGCCAGAACAGAUCCAUUGCUGACAUUAAGAAAACAUGGAACAAUCUCAAAAUGCAAACUAAAGAUAAAUUGUCACAAAUCAAGCAGGAAGGCACAGAGGUGAGUGAAGGAGUGCCUGCUCCACCAGAUCAGAAGCUAAGUUCCUUGGAAAAACGUGUUGAAGUCAUGUUGCAGCUAGAAAAAAUGGAAGGCACUCCUGGAUGUGAUGAUGACCUUCAAGAUGAUGUAACUGGAGGAGGAGCAGACAAACCAACCUUUACUGAUGAAGAGUUGAAUGCUUUAGUGGAUAAUAUUGACAAAUUUGGGCCUCAGCUAUUUGGACCUGCUACUGCCCAAUUCAGUGCUGCAGAUAAAGACAAAAUGUGGGCCGACAUACAAAAGCAUAUAAAUGCUGUGGGGGGCAAUAACAGGUCUGCUGAAGACAUUAAGAAAGCGUGGAAUAAGCUCAAAAAGCAAACGAAGAAAAAGAUAGAGCACAAUAAAACUCAAGCUUUACUGGAAAGUAAAGGACAACCCUCCCAAUAUCAUGAAUUAUCAACUGUUGAGAAGCGUGUGGAGGUUAUAUUACAAAUCAAAGAAAUUGAUGAAGAGGAUUUUCAAGGGGAACCGGAAGAAGCUGAAGAGUGGAUAGUGGCUAAUCCUGACCCAACAGAUAAAACAAGAUUCACAAUCACAGAGUUACCAACUGGAUCUAAAAUCUUUGUGAGAGUGAAAGCAAUAAAUGCUGCAGGUCCUAGUGAUCCACGACUCCACCCCCAACCAAUUCUGGUCAAGGAGGUCAUUGUGCCUCCAAAGAUACGUCUACCCCGUCACUUAAAACAGACAUAUAUCCGAAAAGUAGGAGACGCUGUAAACCUUGUUAUCCCAUUCCAGGGAAAACCUAGACCAAAGGUAUCUUGGAAAAAAAAUGGGGCACAUGUGGAUAAAACGCAAAUUAGUAUUCGUAACAGUGAAUGUGACACAAUCCUUUUUAUUCGGAAAGCAGAAAUGAGCCAUUCUGGAAAAUAUGACUUGAAAGUAAAAGUUGAAAAUCUCCAAGAUAAGGCGUCUAUAUUCAUUCAGAUUGUUGAUCGCCCUGGGCCUCCACAAGAAGUACUUAUUGAGGAGGUUUGGGGUGAAAAUGUUGCACUGGAAUGGAAGCCCCCAUUAGAUAGUGGUAAUGCCGCUAUCACUGGAUACACCAUACAGAAGGCAGACAAGAAGACAAUGGAAUGGUUCACUGUCUUGGAACACUAUCACAGGACCAGUGCCACAAUAUCGGAACUUGUGAUAGGAAACGAGUACUAUUUUAGGAUUUUCUCCGAAAAUAUGUGCGGCCUGAGUGAGGCAGCCACUCGGACUGUAAAUAGUGCACUAAUUGAGAAGGAAGGUAAAGCUUAUAAAAGACCAGAUUAUGACGACUUUGAUUUCACUGAACCACCACAGUUUACCCAUCCCUUAGUAAAUACAAUAGCUAUGGCUGGAUACAAUGCUACCCUCAACUGCAGUGUCAGAGGAAACCCAAAGGCUAAAAUAACAUGGAUGAAAAACAAAGUGCUUAUCAUGAAUGAUCCCAGAUACAGAAUGUUUAAUAACCAGAGCGUGUGUACCCUGGAGAUACGCAAACCUAGCCCCUUUGAUGGGGGUACAUAUACUUGCAAAGCUGUAAAUGAACUGGGUGAGGCUGAGACUGAUUGCAAGCUGGAGGUUAAAGGUGGGAUCACAUUUUUCCGCCUUCUAAUGCAAGGAGUGCCUCUGUCUGUCAUUGAUUCUUAUAUGCGAGAACUGAAAGCAAGCAAGCAAGAGAGUGCAUGAGCAUGUCCAGAAUUCAGCUGCUCUGCUAUUGAAUUGGAAUCUGGACAUCAGUGUUACAAUUAUUUGAUCUUGGAUUUGCAUCUUUUUUGUGUAGUCAUAUUCAUUACAGCUAUAUUAUCUUGUCUGUUGAAAUUACAGUCCUCGCGCAUGUGUUUCCUUGAGGGAAGUGGCGAAACAAGCUUACGGUGAUGCACAUUAUUUGUGUUUGGUUUAGAGCUUUUAAGCAAUAGAAUUAAAUAAGGAAAGUGCAAGAAUUACAGAAGAGGUUGCCCAGGGCAAUGAAGAACGAUGAAGGCACCCAUACUGAAAACCCAGAAAAUGAUUAAGGGCCACUGAACCAUCAUGUUUCAUUUUCUAUUUGUAUUUGUCCAAUGAAAAUAGUAACAAGUAAAUAUAUAUAUAUACAUUUUUACCUCUUGUUUUAGUCCCCUUCCCUCUAUAAAGAUGUUACUGACUUAGCUAAUAGCUUUAGUCUUGCCUUGGUCUACCAUUGUCUCAGGCUGGUUGGUUACAACCUUCCUUUACACCUCCCAAAGCUCACAUUUAUGUUACUAUUCCCUUACAAGAAACUGGCAGUGGGCAUGCUAAAGGUUGGUCUUGAUAUCUUUGGUUUGAAGUGUGAUAGCCUGUAUAGUGAAACAAAGUUUGCCAGCAUAAGCAUUACACGGUUCAAAGAACAAUUCUGCAAGAGAAUUUGUGUAUAUUGCAGAAUUAAAUCAGCAAUAAUCAACUUGUAAAGGUACAACUUCUCAAUUUAUUUAGAACCUGCAAUUUGUACUUUUACUAAGGACAUUUUCGGCCAUAGGUCCUCUGUAGAUAGUUGAUGCCCAAGAAAAAUUCCCUCUCUGUCCUGCCCUAUACAUGUAUAAAUAAUAUCCUGAACUAGCAGAUAGUUAAGCCAAUGAAGCAGACAUCUGCCGUGUAAUUAAAUAUUGCAGUCUAUAUAAUGUUAACAGGGAUGUGAUAUUGCACAAGCUAAUUGUUGAUUGCAUUUUCUUUCUAAGUAGAACAGUACAGUGUUUUACUGCAUUAUACAGAUAAAGAUUUUAACUGCAUCGAAAUAUGCUUAGCUGGAUGUUAUUUGCUUUAGAACUGAAAAGGAAAGUGAUAUAUGUUGUCUGUACAAUAAAUAAGAUAAUUUUACACCA